AUGGCGAAGGAUUGCUGGUUCAAAAGGCCUGCAGAAAGUAACGUCGCCAACUCAGAGAAGAAAAUUGAAGAUGAUUGGGAUGUCGUUGCGUCUCUAGCUGUGGAGGAAGAAUGUGACGCAGAAGCAUCAUUUUGUUGGUGCUCAGAAAAUGAGGCGUCGCUUGACCCAAAAGAGUUUGAAGAUACGUUGCAAGGGAAACUGGGAGACCAAGCUGCCCAAAUCCAAUCAAGUCCAGAUGAGCCUGAAGAUUUGCUUGCUGGAGACGAUGUUGAGCAAGAAGUACCUAAGAGUCCUGGGCAAACAGGUGUGUACCAACAACCACAAGAAGUUAGACCUAGUAGAGUAGAAGUAUCAACUCCACAAUCACAACUAAGAAGGUUAACAAGAGUACGAAAGCCAAAUCCUAAAUAUGCUAAUGUUGCCAUAAUUGAUGGAGCACCAAAAGAACCUGAGGUGUUUGAAGAAGCAUCACAGAGUUCUGAAUGGAUAAAAGCUAUGGAAGAAGAAAUCACUGCGCUUAAGCAGAAUCAGACUUGGGAUUUGAUGGAUGUGAAGAAUGCUUUCUUGCAUGGAGAGUUAGAUCGGGAAAUCUACAUGAUGCAACCAAUGGGCUUUGAAAGUAAAGUUCAUCCUGAGUACGUGUGCAAGUUGAGGAAAGCACUCUACGGUCUAAAACAAGCACCAAGGGCGUGGUACGGUAAAAUUGCAGAAUUUCUAACGCAAAGUGGUUACUCAGUGGCGCAUGCAGAUUCCAGCUUAUUUGUUAAAGCUAAUGGAGGAAAGUUAGCUAUCGUGCUGGUGUACGUGGAUGACCUAAUCAUCACUGGCGAUGAUGAGAAGUUUGGGAUGCUUGAAUGCAAGCCAAUCUCAACACCGGUGGAACCUAAUGCCAAGAUGUGUGCACAUGAAGGCAGAGACUUGGAAGAUGCAACAAUGUAUCGACAAUUGGUAGGUAGUCUGAUCUAUCUGACUUUGACUCGACCUGACAUUUCCUAUGCAGUUGGUGUUAUGAGUCGAUACAUGCAAAAUCCAAAGAAGCCUCAUCUAGAAGCGAUUUUGCAGGAGAUCACGACACCAGGAGAUCGACCACUGGGUAUGUCUUCAAAAUUGGUUCUGGAGUAG